GCCAGUAGGGGUGAUCAUCGGAUUUGCGUGUAGAAACAGCGUCGUCCUUCCCCCACCGCCUAUUUUUUUUUUUUUACUUCUAGCAGAAGUGCGGAUGUGAGUAGCAUAUUGAUACGGAACAGGCCGCCAGUUUUUUUUUUUUUUUGUAGCAAUGCGUGCUUAGGCAAUGAUCAUUGUGUGGAGCUAUGAAUCCAGAGGAACAGACUGUAACGUGGUUAAUAUCACUAGGAGUGCUCAGCUCGCCUAAAAAGAACAUAGCGGACCCGGAGGAGUUUUUGAAAACAUCGUUGAAGGAUGGGGUCGUCCUGUGCAAACUCACGGAGCGGCUCAUACCUGGUUUCACUCCCAAGUAUUCCCAGGAUCCGAGAACUGAAGCCGACUGCAUUACCAACAUCAGGGAGUUUUUAAGAGGAUGCUCGUCCUUGAAAGUGGAGGGGUUUGAACCAGAGUGGUUAUACACUGGUGAGAAUUUUGGCAAGGUUCUGACCACUUUGCUGGCAGUCAACUUUGCCACACAAGACUGUGCUACUGAAAGGUCAUGUUCACAGUCCGGUGGCCACUCUCCUAGUCAGACGACAUCUUCACACACACUCUCUUCUGCUAAAUCCAAAGGCUCUCUGCGUAGACAGUCCAAAUCAGUGGAGAUGUCUGAGAACGGUGGAGGUGGGCAGGUGAUGGUGAAGGCCCGAUUCAACUUCAAGCAGAACAAUGAGGAUGAGCUGUCAUUCAAUAAAGGGGACUUGAUCCAUGUGCUGCGGCAGGAAGAGGGAGGAUGGUGGGAGGGCACAAUCAACGGCAAGACGGGCUGGUUUCCCAGCAACUACGUCCGAGAGAUCAAACCCUGCGAGAAGCCAUUGUCUCCUAAAGGAACACCGCUGACCAAGAACUACUAUAGUGUGGUGGUACAGGACAUCUUGGAACAUGAGCGGGAAUUUGUCAAAGAAUUACAAACUGUGCUGAGUUGUUAUCUACGACCUCUGCAAGCCAGCGACAAGCUGAGCAGUGCAGACAGCGCCACCCUGUGUGGAAAUCUGGAGGAGAUACUCACCUUCCAGCAGGCACUAUGUGUGUCUUUGGAGGACUGUACCAAAGUCCCAGAAGGCCAGCAGCGAGUGGCAGGCUGCUAUUUAAACCUGAUGUUUCAGAUCAAGACUCUGUACCUGGCUUACUGCUCCAGCCAUCCUUCCGCUGUUUCCAUCCUCACUGACCACAGUGAGGAAUUAGACAAGUUCAUGGAGAGCCAGGGAGCCAGUGCUCCAGGGAUCCUGACCCUGACCACCAGUCUCAGUAAGCCCUUCAUGAGGCUCGACAAAUACCCUACGCUGCUGCAGGAGCUAGAGAGACACGUGGAGGAAGCCCACCCUGACUAUGCUGACAUUGUAAAAGCGACAGCAGCAUUUAGGAGCCUAGUGACACAGUGCCAGGAACUGCGGAAGCGCAAGAACCUGGAGCUCCAGAUCUUGUCAGAACCAGUGCGGGGCUGGGAUGGAGACAGCAUGAAGAGCCUGGGUCAUGUGGCUUACAUGUCCCAGGUCCAUGUGAAAAAUGGGUCCAGUGAGGAAAAAGAGGAGCGCUAUCUAAUGCUUUUUCCUAACGUGUUAGUCAUGCUCUCCGCCAGUCCCCGCAUGAGUGGCUUUAUUUAUCAGGGAAGACUGCCAUUGACAGGCACCACAGUAACGAGACAUGCAGAGGAUGGGGACAAUGCCCACUAUGCCUUAGACAUCACAGGAAGCAUGAUUGAUCGUAUAACAGUUUUCUGCAGUAGUGCCCAGGAGUUACAAGAAUGGCUAGAGCAUUUACAGCCCUUCACCAAAGGAGGAAGCCCCACAGGCACCAUCUCAAAGACUGUAGAAGGCAAGCCACAGAGCAUGGUGGGCCCCCCCACUCACCUGUCCCACCUGGGCAGCCUCAGCGCCGUCAGUCGAGGCCCCCUGGAACCGCCAAAGAUCAGCAAGCCCUGGUCUCUGAGCUGUCUGCGCCCCGCGCCUCCUCUCAAACCCUCUGCUGCACUGGGAUACAAAGAGAGGAUGUCUUAUAUCAUGAAGGACUCCAGCAAAAGCCCGCGACCCAUGAAGAAGUUCCUGCCAGGCAAUAGGAAAAAAGAGCGCAAGCCCUCUGAUGACGAGAUUCAGACAAGGAAAAGCACGGUAGCGCUGGAGGAAGACGCUCAGAUACUGAGGGUGAUUGAGGCGUACUGCACAGGAGCCAGCCUGCACCAGAACACCACAGCGGUGCGGAAAGAGUGCGUCCCUCAGGUGCUUCUUCCAGAGGAAGAAAAGAUCAUUGUUGAGGAGAUGAAGAGCAACGGGCAGACCGUUAUUGAGGAAAAGAGCCUUGUUGAUGCUGUGUAUGCUUUAAAGGAUGAGGUCCAUGAACUAAAAAAGGAGAAUAAGUGGAUGAAGCAGUUUUUGGAGGAGGAGCAGAAGUCUCGCAAAGAUCUGGAGAGAGUGGUUCGAAAACUGGCCAAGCAGAAAAAUGAUUCUGCUUGGGAUGACGGCAGCCACUGAACACAUCCAUCCGAUCAUCCUCAUGCUAGUGGGGCUGUGUGUGUAUGGGUACAUUUAUGUAAGCGUGCUUGUGGAGGGUCAGGUUUGUGUGUGUGUGUGUGUGUGUUUUUGUGUGUGUGUGUGUGUGUGUGUGCGCGUGUCUGUCUAUGUUGCGUCUCCAUAUUUCAAUCACACACAGCAGAGUUGGACUUUCUUACGGCCAUGCUUGGAGUUUCUUCACUUCAAGUGCUGGAGCUUCAUUUGACAUUUUUGAUUAAAUCUAAUCUGUCUUCCUGAUCCAACCUCACUAGAUGAGACCACACAUAUAGCUUCCUCGUGAAGCAGCUCAGCUAAACCAAGACUGGUAAAGUGGGACGUUUCAAACAUACUUCCUCUUGGCGACUGGCACUGUGAACACUCCCCCAGGAAAUGGAACAAUUAUGGACAAAAACAAGUUCUCCGCUGCUUCUUUUGCUUCAGUUGGAAAUAGAAAUGGAGUACGAAGCCAUCAAGUCCGAUAGGUGUUCUCUUGCAUGCACUUCUCUUACCAAGGGGACACAUUUUAUUCUCCUUAUUUGUUUUCUUCAUUUUCAUAUCUUAUUUGUCAAAAGGACAAUGAGGAAAUGGAUUCAUUAUGCUUUCGUGAGCAUGUGCAAUUAGCAUUUUUGUACCAUUCUAGACAUUCGCAUUUUCAAAGCAGUUUUGUAGGUGUUUAAGCAAUUCAAACAGGUUAGCUCAUCAUGCUGCAUUCAGUAGGUUCCAAAUGCAGCCCUUGACUGUUUAUUUAAAAAUGCACGAAUGUACAGUGUUUUUACAGUAUGAAUUCUGCAUCAGAAAUGUGAUAAUCAAGAUAUUCAGAUAUAUAGUCCAAAGCUAUCAGGGAUGCAGCUGCAUAAUAGAAUAGGAAAGGCUUACCUAUGUAUCAUUUAUAGACAAGAGUACACAAAUGAUGACAAAGAUGUCACCCCUACACUUCUUACUAAAAUAUAUACAAGUGUAAUUUUAACACAAUUACAUAGCCUUGCUUUAUUCAGAUUUUUUUUUUCAAAGAGUAUUCCUUAUUUAUUGUUCACCCAAGCAUUUAAUUGUGGUGUUAGCCUUAUAUAUAUUGUUUUGCUGCCUUUACAUUUGUCUGGAAUUACAUUGAUGUGUAAAGGCAAAACUAAACCUCCUCGUUUUUGGCCAAGGGAAAAUAGACUUUUUUUUUCUCAUCACAAAAGAGGGAAAAUGAUUGACUUUAGAAUUCAGAAUUUUUUGUUUGCAGCCUCUGUGACAGGGUCCUCCAGAACUGAUGGAGACAGGAAAUAAAACAAAAAAUGUAAUUGUGGGUGUAGAGUAGAGCUCAACUGUUUAAGUGCCUCCCGAAAGGUGUCGGUGACAAAAUGCAUGACUUAAAUUGGAAGGGUCAUAGGUGGUUUGUUGUAAUAUUUCAAUUUGAAUGGCUCAAGUUUAGUUGGUGUGUAUAUAGGGUCUAAAAAAACAAGUAUUUGCAUGCUUUCUAAGAUGAAGCCUCUUUACAAAGACCCACAGCGGUACAUUUCCUCAUGAGGUUGAGUAUGUGCACUGUCAACACUGUGGUCUACUUGCUGCGCUGAAGAGCAGCAAUGGAUGCUAUUGAAAUGCAAUAAGUGACUGCUUUACUGACCUCAGGGUAAGUCCCAGCAUUGAAGGUCAGAAAAAAUGCAAUAAUAAUAUAUUAAUUAACCCAAUUUCUUAACCAAAAAGGGCCAGACCAUGUGGUUAAUCCAACACACAGUUAGGCUAUUAAUUAUUUUCCAUUUGCCAUUAUUUAAUUGAUAUUGAUGAUUGUCCCCUGUCCAGGUCCCAAUUUCCAUCACACGUGAUCCAAAAUGUAAUAAUAUUGUACAAUCCCCUCAAAUGCUGUUUUUGUGCCUCUUUCCAGUGAGGUCAGAGUACUGUGUAGGGUGCAAGGCAGCACUGGUACAUCUGCAGCUGAGACGUGUCUUGCUCAAGGGCACUUCAGCAAGAAAAGAAGCUGAUCUUUGAUUAUUCCUGACGGGACGUUUAGUAGGCAGCCAGAUUCCUCUCAGUGUUACAGCGAUUCUUCUUCCUGUAAAGAAGUCUGACUCUCAUAAUGUUCACUGUUGAGAUUAACAUAUUGCUGUUCUUGUACCCUAAAUAGUUUUAAUUAAGUACGACAUACUGUUGUGUUCAAUUCCCAACAGCCUCAGCAAGCACUUACCGUGGGAGGGGGUUGUACUCAGUCUUCAUUAUGUUUAUCUCCAGACCACUGUGUGUAUUGUUUUUGAAAGGUUGUUCUAUGCAAUUAUUGUUGUUGCAAGUAUUGUUAUGCUUUUUUUUUCUAGACACUCUGUACUCUGCGUUUGGUAUUGUCAUUCUUUUAUUAAAAGUUUAAUAUAAUGUG